AUGCUGUCUUUUCGUGUUGUCAGCUGCAAAGACCUCCCAGUAUCUGAUCUGAGCGGUCAAAGCAACUCAUACGUUAAUGUUAUACAGCUAACGAAAUCCAAUGAAAAGAAACAAAUUACUAAAACUAAUGUAGUCCAAGAUUCACUCAAUCCAGCUUAUGAGAGCAACGAGGCCAAGGUCAAGGUCGCCGAUACUCAAGCUGUGAUUUUCGAAGUUCAUGAAACAGAGAAACUUGGUGUAGAUAUCCUUACAUGCACCUACACACUCAACAUUCCAGCUGAUGGAAAUCUCGAAGAAGGAGUCAAGACUGAGCAACUGCAGAAAGAAGGCCCAUUCAGACUCGACAGAAAGCAGCCUUACAUCAACUUUGAAGUUAAGAAGGCUGAAGAUAAGGAAGAAGGCAAGGAAGGUUCCAAGAGGAAGAAGAGGCAUAGUCACAAGAAGGAGACAUCCUCAUCCUCCUCAUCUUCUUCCGAUGACGAGAAGGAAGACAAUACUCCAAAGGAACCAAUCCUCUUAGAUGUCACUGUUGUCAGUGCCACAAAGCUUGCUGCUAUGGACAAGGGUGGAAAGUCCGAUCCAUUCGCUGUCCUUUCAAUCAACGGCAAGGGUCAAGAAUACAAGACAGAAGCCAUCAAAGAGAACCGCAAUCCAGAGUGGAACGCCGAAUUCCACAUGGAAGCUGCCAACAGAAAUCACGAUAAGCUCCAUAUCGUUGUCUAUGAUUGGGAUGAGCACAACGAUAACGAUCUUAUUGGUAAUUUCAAACUCCCACUUAAGGAACUUCCACUCGAUACUCCAGUCGAGAAAGAUGUCGAAUUAAAGAAGAAGCAUGCUCACCGUAAGGAACGUGGUACAGUCCAUCUUAAAAUUGUAGCACACAAGAAGGAACAGGAUGCCCCACCUGUCCCAGCCCCAGCCCCAGUUAACCACCAAGCCAAGACAGAAAAGCCGAAGAAGGUAAUUCUCGAAUUCUCCGUUGUUUAUGCUAAGGAUCUUGCCGCUAUGGAUCUCAAUGGUAAAUCUGAUCCAUAUGUCAUCCUUAAGCUCAACAAUGAUGGUCCAGAACAAAAGACUGAAGUUGUUAAGAAGAACAAGAACCCAGUUUGGAACCAAGACUUCACAUUCGAACUCAAGGAUAAGCAAACAGAUAUUCUUCACCUUUCUUGCUAUGACUGGGAUGAUCACAACGAACACGAUCUUAUUGGUGAUUCCCACCUCACACUUUACGAAUACGUCAUGGAUACACCAAUUGAGAGAGAUGUCGAACUUAAGAAGGAAGGUGGCCACCGUAAGAACCGUGGCCUUGUACACGUCAGAUUCUUAUUCCACUACGAUAACAAGGAUGAAACAUCUGAUGAAGAGCCAGAACCAGCCAAGAAGGAGAAGUCCGAGUCUGAUGAAGAGGAUGCUAAGAAGGAGGCCGCUGCUCUUGCUGCCAACCCACCAGCUCCAAAACCAGCCCCAGAGAAUCUCCUCUUAAAGCUUACAGUUGUCAAUGCUACAAAGCUUGCCGCUAUGGACAAGGGUGGAAAGUCCGAUCCAUACUGCGUCCUCACAAUCAACGGUGAAGGCCAGCAGUACAAGACAGAAGUUGUCAAGGAGAACCGCAGCCCAGAAUGGAACCAAGAUUUCCAGAUCCCAUUAAAGAGCCACGAGAACGAUAAACUCUGCCUCGCUUGCUAUGAUUGGGAUGAACACAAUGAUCACGAUCUCAUCGGCCAGUACGAACUUCCUCUCAAGGAAUUCCCACUCGACACACCAGUCGAGAAGGAUCUUGCUCUUGAGAAGAAGAACGCACACCGUAAGGAACGUGGCACAGUUCACCUCAAGUUCACAAUUGUUAAGGUCGAAGAGAAGCCAGCUCCAGCUCCAGUUGCCGCCCAGCCGAAGAAGGUCUUGAUGGACGUUACUGUUGUUGAUGCCAAGGAUCUUGCCGCUAUGGAUAUUGGUGGCAAGUCCGACCCAUACGUUGUCCUUAAGCUUAACAAGGAUGGCGCUCCACAGAAGACUGAGGUCAUCAAGAAGACAAAGAACCCAGAAUGGAACCAAGAAUUCCAUAUGAGCCUUGUCGACAAGAAGACCGAUGUUCUUUAUGUCGAGUGCUACGAUUGGGAUGACCAUAACGAAAACGACUUGAUCGGUAACGGUGAAAUCAAGAUCGAUGAACUCGCUUUAGAUGCAACAGUCGAUAAGUACAUCGAACUCAAGAAGGAGGGCGGCUUCCGCAAGCAACGCGGUACAGUCCAUCUUCGCAUCCAUCUCCAUGGCGAUCGUGCUGACGAGACAUCUUCUGAUGAUGAGAAGAAGGAGGCUCCAGUCGAGGAGAAGGCUCCAGUUGUUGUUGCUGCUGUCAAGGAACAGAAGAAGUCCUCAUCCUCAUCCUCCUCAUCAUCUGAUGAAGAAGACCGCAAGAAGGAGCAAGCCGAGCUCGCCGCCAACCCACCAGCUCCAGAGGAGAAGGUCGAUCCAAUUGUCUUACAGGUUGUUGUCGUUGAUGCCAAGGGCUUACCAGCUAUGGAUCUCAAUGGCAAGGCUGAUCCAUACUGCGCUUUGUCAGUCAAUGGCACAGGCCGUCAACUCCGCACAGGCGUUGUCAUGAAGAACAAGAACCCAGAAUGGCACCAGACAUUCAAUGUUCCAAUCCCGAACCAGAAGAAGGACAAGCUCCACAUCACAGUCUACGACUGGGACGAGAAGAACUCCAACGAUCUUAUCGGCUACGCCCACAUCGAGCUCAAGGACGUCAAGCUCAACACACCAGUUGAGCAAGAAGUCCAGCUUAAGAAGAAGCACGGCCUCCGCAAGGACCGCGGUGUUGUCCAUCUUAAGUACACAGCUUACAGACCAGGCGAAGAGCCAGCUCCAGCCCCAGCUCCAGUUCCAGUUGCCGCUGUUGUUCCACCACCAAAGAAGGAAGAAGAGAAGCCGAAGAAGGUCAUCCUCGACUGCACAGUUGUUGAUGCCAAGGACCUCGCUGCCAUGGAUCUCAAUGGCAAGUCCGAUCCAUACGUCAUCGUCAAGAUCAACAAGAACGGUGCUCCACAGAAGACAGAAGUCAUCAAGAAGACAAAGAACCCAGCAUGGAACCAAGAGUUCCAUCUCGAUCUUGUCGACAAGAAGACCGAUGUCCUCGUUGUCGAGUGCUACGAUUGGGACGAGAAGAACACCAACGACUUGAUCGGUAACGGCGAAGUCAAGCUCGCAGACUAUGCUCUUGACACACCAGUUGAGGUUGAUGUCGAGCUCAAGAAGGAAGGUGGCUUCCGCAGCAAGCGUGGCACAGUCCAUCUCAAGUUCCACUUCCACGAAGACCGUGCAGGCGAGACAGACUCCGAAGACGAGAAGAAGCCAGCUCCAGUUGUUGUUGCUGCUGUCAAGGAACAGAAGAAGUCCUCAUCCUCAUCCUCCUCAUCAUCUGAUGAAGAAGACCGCAAGAAGGAGCAAGCCGAGCUCGCCGCCAACCCACCAGCUCCAGAGGAGAAGGUCGAUCCAAUUGUCUUACAGGUUGUUGUCGUUGAUGCCAAGGGCUUACCAGCUAUGGAUCUCAAUGGCAAGGCUGAUCCAUACUGCGCUUUGUCAGUCAAUGGCACAGGCCGUCAACUCCGCACAGGCGUUGUCAUGAAGAACAAGAACCCAGAAUGGCACCAGACAUUCAAUGUUCCAAUCCCGAACCAGAAGAAGGACAAGCUCCACAUCACAGUCUACGACUGGGACGAGAAGAAUGACAACGAUCUCAUCGGCUACAGAACAAUCAAGCUUGACCAGUUCAAGCUCAACACACCAGUUGAAGCUAACGUUGAACUCAAGAAGAAGCACGGACUCCGCAAGGACCGUGGCACAGUCCAUCUUAAGUUCACGGCAUACAGACCAGGUGAAGAACCUAAGCCAGGUGCUCCAGCUGUUGCCCCAGCUCAUCCACAAAAGGCUGAGUACGCUCCAAAGAAGGUCCUUCUUGAUGCUACAGUUGUUGAUGCUAAGGAUCUCGCUGCUAUGGAUCUCAACGGCAAGUCUGAUCCAUACGUCAUCCUUAAACUCAACAAGAACGGCCAACCACAGAAGACAGAAGUUAUCAAGAAGACCAAGAACCCAGUCUGGAACCAGACAUUCAACUUCGAGCUCGUCGAUAAGAAGACCGACGUCCUCAUUGUUGAGUGCUAUGACUGGGAUGAGAAGAACGCCAACGACUUGAUCGGCAACGGCGAAGUCAAGCUCGCUGAUUACGGCCUUGACUCUCCAAUCUCUGUCAGUGUCGAACUCAAGAAGGAAGGCGGCUUCCGCAGCAAGCGUGGCACAGUCAACCUCAAGCUCUUAUUGCACAACGACCGCGAAGGCGAAUCUGACUCCGAAGAAGAGAAGCCAACAUUCGUCCAACUCUCAUCCUCAUCUUCAUCAUCCGAUGAAGGAGAAGUCGUUGCUGCUGCUACAAGAGAAAUCAAGGUUGACGACGGUGUCAUCUACGGCCCAGUCCAGGAUUACACCCAGGAUGUCUACUUCCGUGUCUUCUACGAAGGCAAGCACCGCUGUGACUUCGACUUCAACCUCCUUGUUCUUGAUACCAACGAGAAGAGAUUCGGCCUCUCCGCUGACAAGGCAUCACAUCCACAGUUCCUCAUCAAGAAGGACUUCUAUCUUCCGGACGAGAAGAAGUCCCAGUACCCAGUACAUGAUAUCUACUACCCAGAUCUCAAGAACAAGUCAGUCAAGGUUAUCCCAAUCAUCAGAACCUUGCGCAGAGUUAAGGUCCCAGCUGAGCUUAAGCUCGAAGUUGCUUACUACCCAGAUCAACAGAAGUUCCCAGACGCACCGAAGAAGGUUAUCGUCUGCGAGACAACAUUGAAGAUCAGAUAUCGUGGUGAGCAAUUGGCUACAAAGGGUAUCGCCUUCGAGAAUGGCACAAGUCACGAAUUCGAUGUCAAGUGCAAGCCACAGAACAACUACACAGUCUUCCAGUGGAUUCGCUCUAUGCCAGCUGAUCUUGCUCCAAGAAGCGACAAGUGGGCUGCAUACGGUGCUGACCAACCACAGGAAGAGACAUACAAGGAGUAA